CACAUUCUCACGUUAUUCCACUUCUUCUUUGUCUAAAAACUUUUAGAUACUCUAUUCAUCUAGUCUAUAAACUUAUCUAUUCAUAUGCCCUUUCCUCUUUACGUGCCCAUUGAAUGCGGCUUGAGAAUUUAGAAGAAACGUCGUAUAAUUGAAAUUUCGACGUAAACAUUCACUUCUUCUUACCCAGGAGCUGCCAACAAACCCAACUCAACAGAGCCAAUUCGCUAAGUCCUGAUCACCAAUGCAUAUUGGAGCUCUUAUAUGGUAAUCUGGAUUGAAAGUGGUUGUUGGAAGAUCUCUGUAGGGUUUUGACGCUUCGUCGGGUUAGAAACACGUACUACCUAAUAGUACCCAUACACCGAUUCAUCGAUUCAACAUGGCAGCCAAAGGGGAGUCUGUCCGUGGAACCCCGCCUCGAUCACCGAUGCGCUUCAUUUCUGUCGACAACGUCCUACAAUACGCUUCCGAAAUUCCUUCCGGUCAACCACGCGUCCCUCCGCAGCGUGUGCCGCGUAGCACUCCCGGAGGACGCCGACCUAGCGGGAGAGGACUUCCUAACCUUGCAUCACGCACGGGACAGCACAAUAUGCCGUCACGAACCACACGAAUUAGCGAAAAACUAGUUCUGUUGCCCGAGACGACUGAUGACGCGGAAGUAGAGGACGAAGAAGCCGAAUCAGUUCUUCGCGAGGAUGAAUCUAGACCACUGAAAGAUGAGGAAUUGGAUGUUUUACGGAAAAGAGGUGGCCUCCGUGGGAAGAGCUAUGCUGAACGGUUGCCCAAGUUUGAAAGAACAGAGAAGCUGUCCAGGCUCACGGCAUACUGCACAGCACAGUCAUAUAAGAUGAAGUCGACCUCGGAAUUCUUACGAAAGAAACACGAUGCGAAGACUAAGCUCUACGACGAUUGCCUAUAUACCGUCUAUCACAUCCCUUUACUCCCAGGCUUGGAUGGAUGUCGCGUGAGGAGCCGGCCAAUACUUAAGACACCUGGUACGGGCAAGACGGUUCUUGACCUCGAGAUCGAACGGAGUGAACAGAGAGACGAACAUAUGGGAUACUAUGACGACUAUGGAUACGGUGAACGGGGUGAAAGUCCUAGUCACGAAAAUGGAGGAGGGUAUCAUCCAUCACCCGAAGAAAGGGGCAGGGAUAUAGAGAGCCAUCAUUCCGAACAAGACCAUUCAUCCCUAAGUCCGAUUAAUAGGCUCGCGCCAGACGUCAAGCAAUUUGCCGAAAUGUUCGUCUUCUCAUACGGCGUGGUAGUCUUCUGGAACUUCACCGAAGCACAGGAAAAAGCCAUUCUGGCCGAUAUCACAUUCGCAGAACCCGAAGCUGGAGGUUCAUUGGUCACACGUCCUUUUGACCAGAGUGACGUCGAGACAGAGGAAUUCCAUUUUGAGUAUAAUGCAGAUGUGAAACGGCCUAGGAUUUUUAAUGAUAUGAUCACUCUUCUUCCGAGGUCGGAUCACAUGGUUAAACUCACCAUUAGCCAUGCUAUCGCGCAGAGCACAAAGUUGAUUUUCUUCGAGGAGAGGAUGUCGGAGACCAUGGUGAACGCGCAGCACGUACCCAAGCGCCUCGCUCUUACUGGAGAGCUUAACAUGACGAGGACUGAGAUCGUGAUGAUACUUGGCCGCUUAUUUAAGAGUCGCGUGGAAAUCAAUCUAUCAUCAAAUAUCCUUGAUGUCCCCAACUUUUUCUGGGACUCUGAACCUACAUUACAUCCACUAUAUGUCGCUAUUCGCGAAUACUUGGAAAUUGAUCUGCGCACUAAAGUGCUCAAUGAGCGAUGUCGUGUUUUCCUCGAUCUUGCCGAGAUCCUCUCGGAUUCGGUCGCCGACUCGAAGAUGAGCGCUAUCACAUGGAUCAUAAUUGUUCUCAUCAUUGUCAGUAUAUGUGUUACCGUGACCGAGGUCGCUUUGCGAUUCGGUAUGCUGUCUAAAGAACGAGGCAACGGCAAUGUUAUUGCCACUCCUAAUGGAACCCUUGAACCUGGAUGGAUUGCCGUUAGAUCGGACGCCACUCUCGAGGAAUUGAGAUCAUGGGGCGUAACUUUAAGUAAGGAAGAGAAGUCCGCCGUGUGUGGUGCGGAAUACAUUGGGACCACCUUCGCGGGUAUCUGAUUUUCUUGAGUUAUACACAAUCUUUCCCUAAAGCAUAUGCAUUCUUAGGAGCAUGGGUGGGAAGUCGGCGCGUUAGAUUACAAUUUUGAUACCCUUUAAACAGACCGUUCAGCUCAUGUAUCAUCUAGCAUUUAAAAUAUGUCACUGCCCCCUUUUUACCUAAUGUAUAGUAAUAACCAUUGAACAACGGGGACUUGAAUCUUACAAAGCUUCGAUAUUGGGUC